AUGUACUACUGGGAGUGUGACACCUGCGAUCGCAGCUUUGGCAGCGAGCACGCAGUUCAGCAACACAUGGAUGCACUGGGCCAUUGGGAUUAUGAUGACACAUCUCAAUACUCUAGCGGCCAACAUGAAUGCGACGAUUGUUACGAUCGGUUCCACGACGAGCAGGAUCUCCGCGAUCACGAGGUCGAGGAACACAACUACUGCGAUCCUUGCGACCGCUACUUCAGCAACCAAUACAACAUCCGGCAGCACUUGAACUCCAGUGUUCAUCGCAGUACCAGCGACAUCCAGUGCCCCUUCUGCAAGCAGAAGAGGAACACUGCCACCGGCCUCAUUCAUCAUCUCGAGGGGGGCGCCUGUCCCAAGGCCCCUCUUGACCGCGAUAAGCUCUACCAGGCCGUGCGUGCACGCGACCCCAACGGAGUCAUCUGUAAGAAGCUCCUACAGUGGCAUGCAUCUCCUACCUACACUGCCACCAACCGAACAUACAACUACCACAUCGAUGCUUACGAGUGUUAUCUCUGUCACCGUGCCUUCUCGACUUUGAGUGGUCUUAACCAGCAUCUCAACUCUCCCGUUCAUCAACAGAAACUCUACCACUGCCCGAACCGUCGUUGCGGUCGCGAGUACACCACCCUCGCCGCGGUCAUCAACCAUCUCGAAAGCGAAUCCUGCGGCUAUAUGCGCUUUAAGGCAGUGCAGAAGAACGUUGGACAGAUUCUCGAUCCGCGUCGGAUGCUUUCUCUCUAA